UAUGGUUCCUUUGGUGCUCAAUGUCUUCGAAACUGUUCAAACAAUUGCGUAUCGCCACCCUGUAAUCAUGCGACAGGAGAAUGUGAUAGAGGAUGUAUCAAAGGAUGGGAAGGAUUCAACUGUACAAAAGAGUGCAGCAAAGGGAAAUUUGGAUUUGAUUGUUCUGAAUCAUGUGAUGGUUGUAUUAACGAUUGGUGUAAUCGUUUUGAUGGUAUAUGCCUUGAUAACAGUGGAUGUAAGCCAGGCUAUGAAUAUGGAAGAUACUGCAAUACGAAAUGUAAUAAUGGUUAUUUUGGAUUUAAUUGCCGUGGAUUGUGUGAGGGAUGUGUUAACGUAACCUGUGAAAGAUUGGAUGGAUACAUGGUUGUAUCUUACAUGUACCAGGUGUAA